CUCUCCUCCUCGUCCCCCCCCUCCUCCUCCCACUCGUCCUCUCUCUCCAUCCUCUUCUCUCCUCGUCGCUCCUCUUGACUACAUCUCCUGCCGGAUGAUUUCAUUCCGGAGAGUCAUUAUCUCCCCGUAAGGUCACAGCCUCCGAAUGUAGGACCCCUCUGAAUUACAACUGGGAUAAGUGGUGGUGGGAUUCUUUUUUCCCCCUUGUUCUUCUUCCCCCGUGCAGCGCGCACACGCCGGCUGCUUUGGCUCAAAGUUUUCUCACUGGCGAAGAAACCGUGCGUCGGGAUUUUGGGUCCGGAGCAUCCCGGUCUUUUUUCCCCCCAUUUCUUCCUCGGAUCCCUGAUUGUUGUCUCUAUUUUUUUUUUGUGGAGAGAGUGUGUGUGUGUGUGUGUGUGUGUGUGUGUGUGUGUGUGUGUGUGUCUCCAUCCUCCGCGGAGUUACUGUCGCGAACUGUGACAUGAGUUCCUCCACGGUUCCGUCCGUCGACGGCCACAGAGAUGCGUCAGGGGAACAUGGGAGACAGUGAGUGCAACUUUGUCUGCAGUUCCAAACCGCGGCGUUCGGGGGGCAUUCAGGUGAUGCAGGUCCCCCGGUCAUCCCAGUGGAGGAGCCAGCUAAUGACCAGUGGCUUUGGCCGCUGAACGCCGCCUUCCACCCUCCCCCAUCCUCUCCACCGCCGCCGCCACCCCCCCCCCUCCCCCCCUCGCUCCCUCCCAUCUCUGAUGGCUCUAUGGGGCGUCGUCAGCCUCAGCCUUCACUGCUGGGUGUGUUUGCGGCCCGUGGCCACGGCAGCGGCGGCGACAUCCGGCCUCCCCAAUGACAAGCCCGGGGGCCCCCUGGACUGGCUCCUGUCCGACAAGGGGCCCUUCCACCACUCGCCGGAGUACAUCGACUUCGUGGAGAAGAACCGACAAGGCUUCUCCACCAGAUACAAGAUCUACAGGGAGUUUGGGAGAUGGAAGGUGAACAACCUGGCGGUUGAACGGAGGGAUUUCCUGGAGUCUCCCUUGCCCCUGACGCCCGAGUUCGUCAGGAACAUCCGUUUCCUGGGCCGCCGGCCCACCACCCAGACCAUCGCCGACAACUUGAUCAGGAAGUAUGGCACUCACUUCCUGUUGUCGGCCACACUGGGAGGAGAAGAGGCCUUAACGAUAUUCGUGGACAAGAGGAAGCUGAGCAAGAAAGCCGAGGUGAGCGAUUACUCCGGCAACUCCUCCGCCGUGACUCUGGAGGCUCUGCACCAGCUGGCCGCCUCCUACUUCAUCGACCGGGAGAGCACCCUGCGCAAGCUGCACCACAUCCAGAUCGCCUCCACCGCCAUCAAGGUGACAGAGACGCGCACGGGUCCCCUUGGAUGCAGUAACUAUGACAACCUCGACUCUGUUAGCUCUGUGCUGGUUCAGAGCCCCGAAAACAAAGUCCAGCUGCAAGGCCUGCAAGUGAUCCUCCCAGACUACCUGAGGGAGAGUUUCGUGCAGGCCGCCCUCAGCUACAUAGCCUGCAACGGAGAGGGUGAAUUCGUCUGCAAGGACAAUGACUGCUGGUGCAACUGUGACCCCAAGUUCCCCGAGUGCAACUGCCCAUACAUGGACAUCCAGGCCAUGGAGGAGAGCCUGGAGAGGAUCACGGAGACGUGGGGGAUUCUCUACAAGGAAUUUGAGGAAUCGGACGAAUUCAAGGCAUUCUACACGAGGCUGCCGCAGAACUACUUCCUCAAUGUGUCCGCCAUCCAACACCUGUGGUCCCUGGACAGCUCGUUCCAGUGGCGGUACGAGCAGCUGGAGAACAGCAUGCGGGUCCUCUCCAGGCGUGCGGAGAGGGUCAUCUUCAAGCUCUUCAGCCUCAGCAAACGGUGCCACCGACAGCCCCAAGUCCGCCUACCACGAGAGCGGCCUCAGUCCUACUGGCUGAGUCAUUUCCAGUCUCUCCUGUAUUGCUCUGAGAACAACCAAUUUGGUGCGUUCUCCGAGGAGCUCCACAGCUGCAGCUGCCGAUACGAGCACAGCCCCUGUCAGCUGCCGCCGCCCUGCACCGUUGGGGAUGGCCCAGCGUGUGCGGCGUGCGCCACGGACAACCAAACCCGCUGCGGCAUCUGCAACCCGGGCUUCGCCCUGACGCAGGGCGCCUGCAGGCCGAUGGUGGCGGACUCCACGGAGAACUACCUGGGAUUUGAGACGGACCUCCAGGAUUUGGAGCUGGGCUACCUCCUGCAGAGAGCCGACCGCAGGCUCGAGGUCCACGCCAUCUUCAUCAGCAAUGACAUGCGCCUCAACAGUUGGUUUGACCCGUCGUGGAGAAAGCGGAUGUUGCUGACGCUGAAGAGCAACAAGUACAAGUCCAACAUGGUCCACAUGCUGCUGGGAAUGUCCCUCCAGAUCUGCCUUACAAAGAACAGCACCCUGGAGCCCGUCCUGACCCUCUACAUCAACCCCUUCGGAGGGAGCCAUUCUGAGAGCUGGUACAUCCCCGUCAACGAGAACAAUUUCCCCGACUGGCAGGCCAAAAAGCUGGACCUGCCCUUCGAGUGCUACAACUGGACCCUGACGCUGGGCAACAAAUGGAAGACGUUCUUUGAGACCAUUCACAUCUACCUUCGGAGCAGGAUAAAGACUCAGGACGGCGUGAAUGACAGCGUUUACUACGAGCCUUUAGAGAUGACAGAUCCCGCCCGGAACCUGGGCUACAUGAAGAUCAACAGCAUCCAGGUGUUCGGCUACAGCAUGCACUUUGACCCGGAGGCGAUUCGCGACUUGAUUCUGCAGCUGGACUACCCGUACACCCAAGGCUCCCAAGACACUGCCAUGCUGCAGCUCCUGGAGAUACGGGACAGGGUUAACCGGCUGUCGCCUCCCGGUCAACAGCGGUUGGACCUGUUUGCCUGUCUUCUCCGGCACCGUCUCAAACUGACUGCCAGCGAGGUGGUCCGCAUUCAUGCCUCCUUGCAGGCCUUCAGCACGCGUCUGCCCAAUUCGAUGGAAUACGAGACCACCAAGCUGUGCAGUUAACAGCUGCUUGAAGGGAUAUCUGGACUGUUAAUGGCUCAUACGAAAACUCCAGACAUAAGAAUUGUGCCCAAUGGGGCUUAAAGUUGCGCUCGAUCUUUGUGGAUUACCAAACUGUGAACGGUUCACCAGGAGACGACCAGCUGUGGACAGCUGAAGAAUGUACUUAUCUGGGUGGAUUUUUUGUUUUUUUUGCAGCAACUAACUUCAGUGCUAUAUAAUGAAAAAUGAGGUGGAUCAGGAAGGAAAUGCACAACUGUUUCUCAAACACAAACUCUUUACCGAAAUAAUUCUACGGUAGAAUCUCAGAUGCCACCACAUAAAAGUUGAACCAUCCUGUUUCAAUAUGAUUCUGCUCAUUUAUACUGUAAGAACCAAUGCCAAAUGGAAACUUAUGGACAUUUUAUGGUAAAAAAACCACAAAAAAAAUAUAUGGUACAGUCUGUUUGUUUGUAAUUUUUGAUAUGUUCCUUUGCUUCGGUGACUGUGCACUUUCCAUGAAGACCAGAAUAAAGUGGUGUCAGUAAAGAUUUUGUAGAUAAAUUGAUAUUAAAACAUCAUGUUAUAACAGAUUCCAGCUGUCGCAAUGUUUUUCACGAGACCUAAUUCGUGGUCAUCCUGUUUUUGAAAUACCCUCGUUCCAGGCGUCUGUUUGCGCUGUAGCCACUGUAGCAGGCUGCACCAGCAGUGUACUUUACAUACGCUACAUAACUGCAGCCCUGAAGCCUCUGUCAACACUUCCACCACGCUUGCUUAUCGCUUGCACAAACAGAUAUGCUAUGUGUAUUGGGGCUGAGAGGUCUUGAGUGCACAGCGGUUUCCCGUGGCUGAACGGAUCCGCGGUGUAGAUACUGAAAAAGGAGACAGCGGCCGCCGCUGUUGUGGUACUGGCGCUCCCGCUUCCGCUGCGUGGCCAGCUGUAGACAAGGUGAUGGCACAAAUACCAAUAAGGCUCAGGCAGUACACAGCACUUUGUGUCCAACUCAAGUGUAUUGGAGCCCGACAAACUAUUAUUAAACUGUGCUUUCAAGACAGCUCCUGUUUGUAUAACAGGCUGCCGAGGCACUGUGCCGAGGAAGACGGAGAAAACAAGAGCCAAACCCUUUAACCAUCAUAUACAGACACGGCGUUGCUUUUGUUUUCCUAAAUUUUUAAACAUGAUCACCAAUUUGCGAUGUCCUUAAGCAAUUGUUUAAGUACACACUAACUGUAAGAUCAUAUUACUGCCAGAUCGACCACGUGUUGCUUUCCAAGUUUCAAGGUAAAGGCUUAACCUUCACCAAACUGUACAUGCACCAAUAUUUUGGGGACAAUCAAUGGCAGGAGACUGUCCUCCAGCAAAAGACAACCACAUAGGUCGGUUGUUCAAGCAGCUCAUUACAACCUCUGUGGGUGUUUGCAAGACCAAGGACCUCUAGUUUGGUUAGAGGUUAGGGUUAGACAU